AUGGACGAACAUGAGCUGGAACAACAGAGCGAUGAACAAGAGGUGCUAGUCGCCGACCAGACGCCCACUAAAGAGCAGCGUAAAGCCGCACGACGCUUCGAGAAAUUUGAGAGAAGAGCGAUAAGAAACCGCAUAGCCCAUCUCGACCAACUGCUCGCACGCGCAAGAGAGAACGCAUACAAGGCUCAUUACCGCGCGGCUGAUCUGAGCGCAAAAGUCGAGGAAGAACGACCAGCCCUCAUCGAGGCCUUGCUUCCAUACGAAAGGCGCAAGGCGGCAAGAUCGAAGCAAAGAGCCAGAAAGCACCACGCACAUUUCCUCGACCGUUUCUUCCGACUUCCCAGAGAGAUCCGCGACUUAAUAUACCACCACGCCUGGAGCGGCACGAUGAUAUCUUUCUACCAAGAGCUAACCUGGAACUUUGCCGAACACGAUACUAUCCCCUGGGGCCCAGUUAUGACAGCUGAGUAUUCAUCGGAAGGUACAUACAGGGCUGGUCUCAUGUCGCCAGGGGAUCUUGUAGCACCAGAGAACGGAGGCCCCUGCAAGGGACUCAGACACGCGCAAGAGUACGCGUGGAUAUGGACGAGCCAGCAGAUCUACGCAGAGUCUACGGCGCAGUUUUAUCGGUAUACGCAGUUCACACGACCAGUGCGGGCUGAGAGACACUACUAUCACAUGUGCGCGCAUAUCGUUCCGAGACGCAAAUUGUACGAGUCAGCAUACGCCUUCCCUAAUAUCCUCCUCGCACGCCGCGUAUUGCUUGAUGUAGGAUACGAAAUAUCCCUUGACGUCGUCAACCACGGUAUAUCGGCCUCGAUUCUGGAACUGCUGGCUAUGGCGAAAAAAGGGGAGGAGAAAAAGGCGCUGCAAGUGAGUUGGAUAAGAAAUAUGGCGGACACGAAACCUUUUCAGCUUAAGGAUUUGGUUCCGGCUAGUACGCCUCACUCGAUGGCUAGUAGAGCGUUUGAGGAGCUGGUGUUGAGGGAUUUGGAGAGGGUGGGCUGGGAGAUUGUGGUUGGUGAAGAGGGGACGUAA